UCCAGACUCAACAGGUGAUUGGCCCAGAGAGGGGAGGUGACCCCAGGCCCCAGGAAAGGGAGCGAGGACAGCGCUGGUUCCCGGCUCCCCGCACCACCAUGGCUUUGCCUCUGAGGCCCCUGACCCGGGGCUUGGCCAGCGCUGCCAAAGGAGGCCACGGAGGAGCAGGAGCUCGCACCUGGCGUCUGCUGACCUUCGUGCUGGCGCUGCCCAGCGUGGCCCUCUGCACCUUCAAUUCCUAUCUCCACUCGGGCCACCGCCCGCGCCCCGAGUUCCGUCCCUACCAACACCUCCGCAUCCGCACCAAGCCCUACCCCUGGGGGGACGGCAACCACACUCUGUUCCACAAUAGCCACGUGAACCCUCUGCCCACGGGCUACGAACACCCCUGAGGCCCCGGACGCCCCCGGGCACAAUAAAGGUGUGAAGCUUC